UACAAUCUUUUCUGGAUACUGCAUAGAUCGGUAGCAUCUCCAACAAUGUACAAACUCUUCGUCUUAUCCGCCGCCUUAUUGGCCGUCGUCUCAGCAGAGCCCGAGGCUAAACCCGACGUUUCCUCGGUGCACGGUGUCCAGCCAGUGGCUCCAUUCACCUACGGUCACCACCCCCACGGUGAUGUACUUAAGCACUACUCCACGUACCACCAUGACGCUGGCAAGUACGGAGCUUACCACCCUUACGACAAAUUCGCCGCCUACCACCCCCAUGGUGAUGCACUUAAGCACUACUCUACGUACCACCAUGACGCUGCCAAGUACGGAGCUUACAACCCUUAUGACAAAUUCUCGGCCUACCAUCACCCAAGCCAAUAUUACGGCGCCCACCAUUACAGUCAUGGACUUCAUGGAUACCCUGCGCAUCAUGAAGCGUACACCGCCGGUUACCCGUACCAUGCUGGUGCCUUCCACCACUACAACAACCCCCUGGUUCAUCACAAAUAUUAAUUGUACUGUCUGAAAUAAAUAAUCUCAAUUAAGAAAACGUUA